ACAGCCUGCGACUCCGCACACAGCUACAACUCACAAUACACACACCGGACCAGGCCAACAUCAGCAGGCGUGAGGAUGUGUGGGCGUGGCUUUCAGGCUCCCUGUUGCCAAGGUUACUGGAUGGCCCCACCCUAAUGCAGGAAACAGGAAGUGUGCUCCUGGGCACGCCCAGACUACGACAGAUACGAGACGUUAGUCUGUCCUCUCCAGGUCCCAUCCAUGGGGCAGGAGCAGCAGGCUGGGGAGAGGGGUUGACUGGCUCAGCAGUACACAGGAAGCUGACCCAGAACUGGACCUUACACACGGCUGAUGACAACGGAGCGUGGCGUUGGGGUCAGGUGAUGGUGUACGGGAGCGGAGGUUUCGUCCAACAGCUGAACAGGAACAUAGAGGAGACCAGAACAUCACUACAGUACCUACAGCAGUUACACUGGAUGGACCACAUGACACGGGCUGUGUUUGUGGAGUUCUCUCUCUACAACACCAACACAGACCUUUUGGCCUUCUUCUCCUUCCUGUUUGAGUUCCCCGUCUCUGAGCACACUCAGUCCAGCCUCGACCUCUUGACCUUCCGCCUGCAGCCUAUCACAGGCCUCGACCUGCAGCUGCAGCUCACGAUCCUUCUCUUCUCCCUCGUGGUGUAUUUCUGUGUAUGUGCGGUCCUGGGCCUGAUGAGAGAGGGCUGGGUAUACCUCCUGUGCCCGUGGCGGUUGCUGGGCGCGUGCAGCCUGGCGCUGGCAGCGUGUGUGUGUGGCCUCCACAUCAGCCGAUGUGCCGCCGCCGGGCGCCUGUGGGCGUCGUACCUGCGGCAACGAGACGGGUACACUGACUUCUACCCGCUGGCACGGCAGAGCCAAGCUUACACCCUGCUGUCUGCCAUGCUCCUGUUCAUACUGGUGUUGAAGGCGUCCCACCAGUUGCGUUUCCUGAGGGAGUGGGCAGUGUUUGGCAGGGCUCUGAGACGCUCUGUCUGGGAGCUGAUAGGAACAGGUCUGGUCCUGCUGGUCCUGCUGCUGGCCUACUCACACACAGGACACCUG